AUGUCAUCUUCCACCAGCCACUCCGGGAAACGAAAACGGAGCUCCUCUCAUCUCGCCGCCUCCUCCAUCCCCAAAUCCUCCACCACAGACCUUCUCCAGCCCUCCUCCCGCGAUGCCUCCGGUGAGGACGCCGAUGAACCUACUCCCGCCGCCAACCCCUCAAUAUCCUCCAAACACAAAAAGUCCGCUCCCUCCAUGGACGCCUCGGCUAACCCACCAUCCAAACGGCCCCGUACUCGCUCAACCGCAACAGGCAGCACUGCGCCAGCGACACCACACAACGGCACCUCACCAUCCAAUAAAACCCACGACGUCAGAAACGAAGACCCGGGCGAAGCCUCCGAAACCACGGAGGAGAGCAUUAAUAUCGAGAAGCGCAUGAAGCGGCAUGCUCGGACGCUGUACCGCACACCGAGCCUGGCGACGACGGUGAGGACGGCAUCGGCGGCAUCAAUGGCGGCGCAGCAGGAGGGCCAUCCCAUCUUGCUUGCGUUUCCCUUGAGCUUGGGCUUCCCCGCGAUCCACAUGCGCCAGCUAGAACAAGCAAAAAAAGCAUUUCCUGAAACGUACCUUAUCGUCGGCGUCACGUCUGACCAUGAGACGCACAAGCGCAAGGGGUUGACCGUGUUGACCGGUGCCGAGAGGUCGGAGACCGUCCGCCAUUGCCGAUGGGUUGAUGAGGUCAUCCCUGAUUGCCCAUGGAUCGUCACGCCGGAGUUCCUGGAGAAACAUCAAAUUGACUACGUCGCCCAUGACGAUUUGCCAUACGGAGCCGCGGAGGGUGAUGACAUCUACGCUCCCAUCAAGGCGCAGGGCAAGUUCCUUGUUACGCAGCGGACGGAGGGUGUCAGUACGACAGGCAUUAUUACUCACAUCGUCCGCGACUACGAAAAAUACAUCACCCGCCAACUGAAACGUGGCACCUCGCGCCAAGAACUCAACGUCUCCUGGCUCAAGAAGAAUGAGCUCGAUAUCAAACGCCACGUCGCCGAGCUGCGCGAUAGCAUCAAGAAUAACUGGUCCGCCACCGGCCAGGAGCUGGGCAAGGAGCUGCGCCAGUUUUGGCUGAAUAGCCGGCCCUCGAGUCCAGCGCGAAACAGCGUGGACGGCAGCGUCGGCGGGUUCGGGUUCGGUGGUAAUAAUCGAGGGGCAGGGGCCUGCGCUACCAGUCCCGGGAAUCACAAUAAUAGUAAUAGUCAUAAUGGUUAUUUUGGCAUUGGGAGCGGGAGUCGAACGCAAUUGGGGCGGUUGGAAAUGCCCGGUCGAUCUGAGAGUCCGGGGGUUGGGCCAGGAAGGAGCGAGGACUUUGCAACGGGCUAUAGCUUAGGGUUGAUAGGGGGGGUUAGGGCUUGGAUGACCCGCAGCCUCACCUCUCUCCACGAUACGGACAACCAUGCAGACGCCGCACUCUCCUCACCAUCGGGCAGCGAUGAGGAUCGCGAAAAUGGGAAUAAUAAGCGGAACGCGAGUAGGAAUACGUUUACCCAGCAGCAGCAGCAGCAGGGGGAGGAGCGCGGACGGACUAAGGAAACUUCCGGUUCUGCUACUGCUAGCGGUAGCGGUAGCGGUAGCGGUGCGGCAGAAGGGCUAACGAGCAGCUGA